AUGAUGGGGAGGAUAAGCCGUUUUUCGACAGACCGAGAAGGUUUCCUCUGCAGCAUUUCUCAGCCUUCCAUCUUCAACAUGCCAGAUACCGUGCUCGAAAUUUUCGGACAGCCUCCCCUCAAUAUUUAUACCCAAAUAUGUCUAUGUUACAGCAUGGAUAAGGCACGUCGAAGCGAGAUUGUGCACAUUUUACAAUCCGGUUUAGUCAGAUUGACUGAAUCCUUCCCAUGGAUAGCUGGUCAAGUGGUAAGAGACGAUACCUCUGGCUUAUUCAAAAUCACCACGCUUGGGAAAACACCAAGACUGGUUGUGAAAGACGUCACUGAUACAGCCCUCCCUAUGGAACAACUCAAAAAUGUUCAGUUUCCGUUUCGAAUGAUGCACGAAACUGAUCUAGCACCUCGAAGUACGAUUCCGGGACUGUUCAGUGAGUCAGAGCAUAACCCUGUGUUUCUUCUUCAAGCCACUUAUAUUGAUGGGGGUCUUCUUUUGACGUUUCUAGGUCAUCAUCAAGCCAUCGAUGGCACUGGACUAGCCCAGAUCGUGUCUCUAUUGUCAAAAGCAUGCAAUGGAGAGCCGUUUACUGAGGAGGAGAAGAUAAUGGGGAACAUGGAACGUGAUAACAUUGUGCCUCUGUUUUCUGAGAUUGAAAGGUUGCGGUACGGAGACCUUUAUGAGAAGCUCAAACAUCAGAUCGUGCCAAAGUACACUCCCACAACCAGCGAGAAUCCACCAAGUUGUUCAUGGAGAUACUUCAUCUUUUCAGGUGAUUCUCUUUCCAAACUAAAACAACUUGCUUCUCAAAAUCUGACAACAGGCAUCCCAUUCGUAUCCACUGACGAUAGUCUCACAGCCUUUGUCUGGCAAGCAGUAUCACGAGCACGACUUCAGAGACUCGAAAAGAACACAAAAACAACAAUAGGGAGAGCUAUAAAUGUCAGACCAUGCCUGGGUAUUCGAAACACUUAUCCUGGAAUGAUCACCAACAUGGCUUACAGCAAUAAUACACUUUCGGAGCUGGUUGAUGCCCCUCUGGGUCACGUGGCGUCUAAUCUGAGAUCGAAACUUGACUCUGAAGAGCUGAAACAAAAUACCAGGGCUCUGGCUACUCUUAUUAACGACAAUCUUGGGACUCCUAUUACCUCACCUACUGCUACCAUGGACAUGUCUUCAGAUAUAGCGCUGAGUUCCUGGGCACAGCAGAAUUUCUACGCGCUGGAUUUUGGACUCGGGUUGGGCCUUCCUGAAUCAGUAAGACGUCCAGAAUUCACUCCAGUCGAGAGUCUCAUGUAUUUCCUUCCAAAGACAAAAAAAGGAGAUGUAGCACUCGCUAUUUGUCUUCGAGAAGAAGAUAUGGAGGCUUUAAGGAAGGAUGGAGAAAUGAUGAAGUAUGCCACAUUUAUAGAAUGA